AUGGAGCCUGAGGACCUGCCGUGGCCCGGCGAGCUCGAGGAGGAGGAGGAGGAACAGGCGGAGGAGUCUGCGAACCAGGAAGAGGACGAAGUGGUCGAGGUGGUGGAGGUGGAGGAAGGGGAGGGGCGGGAGCUGGACUCGGACUUUAAUUACGAGAGCCAGCCACGGGAGAGCACGGACGACGAGGACGACGAGGAGGCCAAGGCCUGGCUGCAGGCGCACCCCAGCGGGAGUUUGCUUUCGUCGUCGCGCCCGAGCCACCGCUUCUUGGAGGACGAGCGGACCGGCCCGGAGAAGGUUGUUCCAUUGACCUGUCAUGUAUGGCAACAGUCACUAUAUCAAGACAAUAGUGGUAUACAGAUUUCUGAUGCUAAUGUAGUCUCUGUGAAAAAAACAGCUCAGUGGGAUUCUGGAGAUGAUCAGAGAACAGAAUCUUGGCAUUGUCUUCCUCAAGAGAUGGAUUCUUCCCACACUUUGGAUACAACCCACACCAGUUUUAAUAUGAGAGAGGAAAGGACCAAAGUGACAGGCUUCCCCUCUCUGGAGGAAGGUAUAUUGACCCAACCGGAAAAUCAAGUAAAGGAACCCAAGAGAGAUCUCUUAUGUUCACCGCUGCUAGUCAUACAAGACAACUUUGCUUCUCCUGAUUUGCCUUUGCUGACAUGUUUGACACAAGAUCAAGAGCUUGGGUCUGAUUCCUUAUUUCAACAAAGUGAACUAGAUUUUGCACCUUUGAGGGGAAUUCCUGGUAAGUCUGAAGAUACUGAAUGGUUUUCUCGACCGUCGGAAGUUAGUGAAGCUGUAUUCCAGGCAGCCUCAGAAGUAGCUUCAGACUUAGUUAACAGUUGCAUUAGUGUAUCUCAGCACUCACUUCUAGGUAGUGCAGCUGUUGGGUCUCAGCGCUCCUUUUUACGUCCUGAACAAGGGACUAAAGAGACUGUUUCGUCUGAUACAGAUGAUGAACUGCAAACCUCCGAAGACUUCGAUAGUUGUGAUGCUCUGUGUUCGUAUGUGGCAUGGAAGACACAAGAAGUUCAGGAGCCAGAAGCCAGUUUAGCUGAUGAAGGUCAAGUUUCAGUUUCAGCUUCAUCUGAUAAAAGCGAUGAAUACAUGACUUCUAAAGAAAGUGACAGUUUUGAUGAUUCUUAUUCAUAUGUGCAGUAUCGGAAACAGAAAGCUUUACAGCAGUCAGGAAAAUAUUUAACCAAGGGGCUGCAGGUGAAGGCUGAAUCUGACAUCUGUACUCUGGAUGAUGAUACUGAAUCCUGUAGCCUAGAUGAAAAUGCUGUUGUACGCAGUACAAGAGUUGCUGAUCUACAAAGAGAGCUAACCAGAGAGUUGGAGUAUCACUAUUCAGAUCUCAGAAUGUUGAGGGUAUCUCCCGACACUGUGCAAAAGACUCUCAAGCAUUUAGCAGGAGAUACUUCUAAAGGAGGCACAGCUGAAAUUACUCAGUCCACCUUGAAACCAGGCAUCAGAGAUUCAGAUAUUGGAUCUCAUUUUUCCUUGUUCCCUGAGGACUUUCCUCAGUUGGCUUUAAGGUUUCCUCAAGAGACUACUAUUGGUCCACAUACUGAUAUACUCAGCCAACAAGCAUUGGAUAGUCAUACAACUGAAAAGACUCUAAAAGUUUCAACUGUUCAUGAACUAGCUGACCAGAAGACUGGAAUAUCAACAGUGCCCUCUAGUUCCUACUCACAAAGAGGGAAGCCUGGUAUUUUCUGCUUACAGUACUUGCCAGAUCGUCAUCUAACUGAAGAGGCUGCAAAAGUUUUGGCUGUUCCGGGACCUGCUGACCAGAAGACUGGCAUACCGACAGUCUUUCCAAGUUCCUACCCACUUGGAGAGAAGCACAGUAUUUUCUACUCGCAGGCCUUGCCAGACAGUUAUGUAACUGAAGAGGCUCUGAAAGUUUCAGCUGUUCCUGUAUCUGCUGACCAGAGGACUGAGAAAAUAACAGUACCUUCUACUUCCUAUUUACAAAGAGAAAAGCAUGUUAAUUUUUCCCAGCAACAGUCGUCAGAUAGUCAUCUAACUGAACAGGCCUUGAAAGUUUCAGUUGUGUCUGGACCAGCUGGUAAAAACACUGGGAUACCUAUAUUACCUUCAAUUUCCUCCUCACUUGGAGAGAAGCCCAGUGUCUUUUACCAGCAGGCCUUGCCAGAUAGUCAUUUAAUUGAACAGGCUCAGAAAGUUUCAGCUGUUCCUGGACCAGUUGAUCAGAAGACUAGGAUACCUGCAGCAUCCUCUACUUACUACUCAUAUGGAGAAAGGCCCCAAAUUUUCUAUCAACAGACAUUGCCAGAAAGUCAUCUACCUGAACAGGCUCUGAAAUUUUCAGCUGCUCCUGGAUCUAAUGAGCAGAAGACUGGGAUACCAACCCUAACCUCUACUCCUUAUUCACAUAGAGAGAAGCUCAAUGUUUUCUGCCAACAGGAGUUGCCAGAUAGUUCUCUAACUGAACAGGCUCAGAAAGUGUCACCUGUUCCUGGACCUGCUGAGCAGAAGACUGGGAUACCAACCCUAACCUCUACUUCCUAUUCACUUGGAGAGAAGCCUAGUCUUUUCUAUCAACAAGAGUUGCCAGAUAAUCCUCUAACUGAACAGGCCCAGAAAGUUCUAGCUAUUCCUGGACCAGAUGACCAGAACACUGGGAUAUCAAUAGGGUCCUCUAGGCUCUACUCACUUGGAGAGCAACCCAAUAUUUUCUCCCAGCGGGUAUUACCAGAUAGUCAUCUAACUGAAGAGACUCUGAAAGCUUCAUCUGCUCCUAGACCAGGUGACACAAAGACUGGGGUACCAACAGUACCCUCUAGUUCUUAUUCACCUAGGGAGAAGUCCGGUAUUUUCUACCAACAGGUCUUACCAGGCUGUCAUCUAUCUGAAGAGGCUCUGAAAGUUUCAGUUGCUACUGUACCAGCUGAAAUAAAGAGUGGGUUAUCAUCAGAAGGCUCUAAUUUCUACACAGAGAGAGAGAAGACCAGUAUUUUCUACCAACAGGAGUUGCCAGACAGUCACCUAACUGAACAGGCUCAGAAAGUGUCACCUGUUCCUGGACCUGCUGACCAGAAGACUGAGAUAUCAACAGUAACCUCUGCUUCUUACUCAUAUAUAGAAAAGCCCUUUAUUUUCUACCCACAGGAGUUGCCAGACAGUCACCUAACUGAACAGGCUCAGAAAGUGUCACCUCUUCCUGGACCUGCUGACCAGAAGACUGAGAUAUCAACAGUAACCUCUGCUUCUUACUCACAUAUAGAAAAGCCCUUUAUUUUCUACCCACAGGACUUGCCAGACAGUCAUCUAUCUCAAGAAUCUCUAAAAGUUACAGCUGUUUCUGAACCAGUUGACAAGAAGACUGGAAUACCAGUAGUCCCCUCCACUUCCUACUCACAGAGAGAGAAGCCCAUUAUUUUUUAUCCACAGGCCAUACCAGAUAUUCAUCUCACUGAAGAGACUCUGAAAGUUUCAGCCAUAUCUGAAUCAGCUGACUGGAAGACUGGAAUACCAACAGUAUCCUCUAUUUCCUCCUCACAUACAGAAGAGCCUGUUAGUUUUUCCCUACAGGCCUUCGCAGGCAGCCUUCUACUUGAAGAAGCUCUGAAAGUUUCAGUUCUUCCUGGACCAGCUGACCAGAAGGCUGGGUUAUCAUCAGAACCUCCUAGUUCCUACUCACAUGGAGAGAAGCCCAUUAUCUUCUACCCACAGAGAUUGACAGAUAGCCAGGUACCUCAGGAGACUUUGGAAGUUUCAGCUGUUCCUGGACCAGCUGCCCAGAAGACUGGCUUGCCAUCAGAACCUUCUAGCUGCUACUCACAUAAAGAGAAGCCCAUUAUCUUCUGCCUACAGGGCUUGACAGACAGCCAGGUGCCUCAGGAGGCUCUGAAAGUUUCAACUGUUCCUGGACAAGCUGACCAGAAGACUGGGUUGCCAUCAGAACUUUCUACCUCCUACUCACAUAGAGAGAAGCCCGUUAUUUUCUCCUCACAGGGUUUGACAGAUAGCCAGAUACCUCAGGAGGCUCUGAAAGUUUCAGCUGUUCCUGGACCAGCUGACCAGAAGACUGGGUUGCCAUCAGAAUCUUCUAGUCCCUACUCACAUAGAGAGAAGCCCAUUAUCUUCUACUCACAAGGCCUGACAGGUAGCCAGGUACCUCUGGAGGCUCUGAAAGCUUCAGCUGUUCCUGGACCAGCUGACCAGAAGACUGGGUUGCCAUCAGAACCUUCUAGCUCCUACUCACAUAGAGAGAAGCCCAUUAUCUUCUACCCACAGGACUUGACAGACAGCCAGGUGCCUCAGGAGGCUCUGAAAGUUUCAGCUGUUCCUGGACCAGCUGACCAGAAGACUGGGUUGCCAUCAGAACCUUCUAGUUCCUACUCACUUGGAGGGAAGCCUAUUAUUUUCUACCAGCAGGCCUUAUCAGAUAGACAUCUCACUGAAGAGGCUGUUAAUAUUUCAGCUUCUCCUGGACCAGCAGACCAAGAGACUGGGGUAUCAACAGUACCUUCUAUCUCUUACUCUCAUAUAGAGAAGCCAAGUGUUUUGUACCAACAGCCUUUGUCAGACAGUCAGCUCGCUGUAGAAGCUCUGAAAUUGUCAGCUGUUUCUGGGCCAGGUGACCAGAAGACCAGAAAACCAACAGUUACCUCCACUUCGUACUCACAUAGAGAGAAAGAGAAGCCCAUCAUUUCUUAUCAGCAAGAAUUGCCAGAUCUUACUGAAGAGGCUUUAAAAGUUUUAAAGGUUCCUGGACUAGGUGGCCAGAAGACUGGAAUACCAGCAGUAACUUCUACUUUUUACUCACAUAGAGAGAAGCCUAUCAUUUCUUACCAUCAGGAGUUGUCAGAUCCUAAUGAAGGUGCUUUAAGAGUUUUAGGCACUCCUGGGCCAGCUGACCAGAAGACUGGGAUACAAAUUGGGCCCUCCACUUCCUAUUCACAUAGAGAGAGCCCCAUCUUUUCUUACCAGAAGGAGUCGUCAGAUAUUACUGAAGAAACUUGGAAAGUUUCACCUGUUUCUGGACCAGCUAACCAGAAGACUGAGAUACAUAUAAUCCCCUCUAGUUCCUACUCAUACAGAGAGAAGGACAGUAUUCUUUACCAGCAGGAGCUUCCAGAUGUUACUGAAAAAGUUUUAAAAGUUUUUGCUCUUCCUGGACCUGCUGACCAGAAGACUGAGAUACCAACAGGACCUUCUAGCUCUUACUCACAUAAAGAGAAACUCAAGAUUUCACCUGUGAUUUUACCAGAUGUCCAGAAGACUGAGUUUCUAACAGCUCCCCCUAGUUCCUACUCAAAAAGAGAAAAACCCAAAAUUUCAACUGUGAGUGGACCAGAUGACCAGAAGACUCCGUUACCGACAGUUUUUCAUAAUUCCUGUUCUCAGAAUUUUGAGAUUGAGGAUAUUCUGAAGAUUUCACCUGUCCCUGAGCCAAUUGUUGUGAAUUCUGGGAUACCAAUACCUCUUUCUAGUUCCUCUUCCCACAGAGAGAAAUCUAAUAUUUUCUACCCACAGGAAUUGACAGACAAACAUUUAGCUGAAGAUGCACUGAACGUUUCAUCAAUUCCUGUACCAGCUGACCAGAAAAGUCUGUUACCAACAGCUCCUCCUCGUUCCUUUUCACACAGAGAGAAACCAAAUUUAUUCUACCAACAAGAUUUUCCAGAUAGACAUCUACCUGAAGAUUCUGUGAUGUUCUCACGUGGUCUUGGGCAAGCUGAUCAGAGUACUGGUUUAUCAACAGUUACUCCUGGUACUUAUUCACAUAGUGAGAAGCAGAAACUUGUUUCAGACCAUGUUCAAAUGCUAAUAGAUAAUUUGGAUUCUCCUAACUCCAGUAUUAUCUCAAGCAGUAUGCCUUUAAGUUCUCAGGCUGAUGGUAGAGUUAUAAUAAGUAAGCCAGAAUCUUCAGGUUUUGAAGAUGUCGGCUCUGUGGAAAUUCAAGAUACAAGCAAUAGUUCCAAAACUCUUAAAGAGAUUCGGACCCUUUUAAUGGAGGCAGAAAAUAUAGCACUGAAACGAUGCAAUUUUCCUGCUCCUCUUGUCCCUUUCCGAGAUGUUAGUGAUAUUUCAAUUAUACAAUCUAAGAAGAUGGUUUGCUUCAAAGAGCCCCUCACAGCUGCUGAAUCUAAUAGUGAUUUGCCUCGGAGACAGCCAUUUACAGAGGAAAGCCCAAGCAACAAGUGCAUACAGAAAGAUAUUAGCACACAGACAAAUCUGAAAUGCCAGAGAGGCAUUGAGAACUGGGAGUUUAUUAGUUCAACCACACUUAGAAGUCCUCUACAAGAAGCAGAAAGCAAAGCCGGAGUGACGUUAGAUGAAACCCUUCGACAGUAUAGAGCAGCCCAAUCCGUAAUGAGAUCUGAACCUGAAGGGUAUAGUGGAACCAUUGGCAAUAAAAUUGUUAUCCCUAUGAUGACUAUCAUUAAAAGUGAUUCAAGUAGUGAUGCCAGUUCCUGCUCAUGGGACAGUAAUUCCUUGGAGUCAGUUUCUGAUGUUCUUCUAAAUUUCUUUCCAUGUGCUUCACCCAAGACAAGUUUGACAGAUAGCAGAGAAGAAGAAAGUGUGUCAGAGAGUGAUGAUUGUGGUGGUAGCAAUGUAGAUUCACUGGCUGCACAUGUCAAAAACCUUCUCAAGUGUGAAUCCUCAUUGAAUCAUGCUAAACAAAUACUCAGAAAUGCAGAGGAAGAGGAAUGUCGAGUACGAGCACGAGCCUGGAAUCUGAAAUUUAAUCUGGCUCAUGAGUGUGGCUACUCCAUUUCAGAAUUAAAUGAAGCUGACAGGAAAAAAGUAGAAGAGAUCAAAGCAGAGUUGUUCAGUCAUGGGAGAACAGCUGACUUGUCCAAGGGUUUGCCGAGUCCACAGGGAAUAAGAUGCAACCCAGAAGCUGUAUGUGGUCACAUCAUUAUUGAGAGCCAUGAAAAAGGAUGUUUCAGGACUCUAACUGCCAAACAACCACAAUUGGAUAGCCACCCUUAUGUUUUCAGACCUGCUGACCCCUCAGACGUUAUCAGAGGACAACGGAGUCCAUCAUCAUGGAAAACCAGACACAUCAACCUUUCCAAAUCAUUAGACCAGAGUAACCCCCAUUUCAAAGUUUGGAAUUCCUUGCAGUUACGAAGUCCUUCCCCCUUUCAGAACUUUACAGCUGAUGACUUCAGAAUUAGCCAGGGUCUUCGAAUGCCUUUCCAUGAAAAGAUAGACCCUUGGCUAUCAGAAUUAGUAGAACCUGUGCCACCCGAAGAAAUAGAUUGUCAUUCUUCAUCACAUAUGCUUCCCCCAGAACCCAUGAAAAAGUUUACUACUUCCAUCACUUUUGCAUCUCACCGACACUCUAAAUGCUUUUCAGAUUCCUCUGUUCUUAAGGUUGGUGUUACUGAAGGUAGCCAGUGUACUGGAGCAUCUGUGGGGGUAUUUAAUUCUCAUUUCACUGAAGAGCAAAAUCCUCCCAGAGAUCUAGAACAGAAAACCUCUUCCCCUUCAUCAUUUAAAAUUGUUAGUCAUUCGCCAGAUACCGCUGUGACUAUUUUAGCAGAAAGUAGUAGGCAAAGUCAAAAAUUAUCUAUUGAACAUUCUCAGCAAGAAGAAAAACUCUUAGAAAGAUCAGAUUUUAAAGGCAGUGAUUCUGAGCCCAGUACCAGUGCAAAGUAUAGCAGUGUCAAGGAAGUUCAUUUUUCUGAUAACCAUACCCUCAUUAGCGUGAGCAGACCAAGUUCCACACUAGGAGUAAAAGAGAACACUGUAGCUAUAAGUCCAGAUCUUUCUUCGCACGUUUUACUUGAACGACAAGAGCUCUUUGAACAAAGCAAAGCCCCACACACAGAUCACCAUGUGAGAAAAUACCAUUCUCCCCCUCCUCAACAUCAGGAUUACGUAGCUCCGAACCUUCCUUGUCGCAUUUUUCUUGAAAAACGAGAACUGUUUGAACAAAGCAAAGCCCCACAUUUAGAUCAUCAGAUGAGAGAAAACCAAUCUCCCUUUCCUCAAGGUCAGGAUUAUAUAGCUUCAGACCUUCCUUCUUCCAUUUUUCUUGAACAACGUCAGCUCUUUGAACAAAGCAAAGCCCCAGAUGUAGAUCACAUGGGAAAAUACCAUUCCCCCUUUCCUCAAGGUCAGGAUUAUGUAGUAGAAAAGAAUAAUCAACAUAAGUUUAAGUCAUACAUUUCUAAUAUGAUAAAUGUUGAAGCCAAGUUCGAUUCUGUGGUCUCCCAACCAGUCCCAAAUCAGUGUACAUUAGUAACAUCUGCAUCUACUCCACCCUCAAAUAGAAAAGCACUUUCUUGUGUUCGUAUAACUCUUUAUCCCAAGACUCCUUCCAAGGUGGAUAGUGGAACCUUAGAUAAAAGAUUGCAUUCAUUGGAUCCUGCUUCUAAAACAAGGAUGAAUAGUGAGUUUAACUCUGACCUACAGACUAUAUCUUCAAGAUCAUUGGAACCAACAUCCAAAUUAUUGGCCAGUAAACCUGUAGCACAGAAUCAAGAAUCUUUAGGUUUUCUAGGACUUAAAUCUUCACCGGACUUCCAAGUUGUACAGUCUCCUCUUCCAGAUAGUAACACUAUUUCUCAGGACUUGAAAACCAUACCUUUUCAGAAUAGCCAGAUAGUAACCUCAAGGCAAACACAAGUGAACACUUCAGAUUUGGAAGGAUAUUCCAGUCCAGAAGGGACUCCAGUACCUGCAGAUCGACCGUCAGAGGAGAUUAAGACCCCAUUUUCUGCCUUUUCUGGAAAAUUAUCAUCUGAUGCAGUCACUCAGAUAACAACAGAAAGUCCAGGAAAAACCAUGUUUUCAUCUGAAAUUUUUAUUAAUGCUGAAGAUCAUGGAUUUGAAAGUCCAGAGCCCAGUACCCAGAACCUGGACAAAGUUCCUGUCAAGUUUGUGUCAUCAUCUUCAGUUCAACAGAUUACUCAUCCUCAUGGCACAGAUGCCCAGCCUUCACUGUUGCCAUAUAAGCCUCCUGGUAGUACCAGGAUGUACUAUGUUCCACAAUUAAAACAGAUUCCUUCUUAUCUGGAUUCCAGAUCAGAUACCACCGUUGAGAGCUCUCACUCAGGAUCCAAUGAUGCCAUCGCUCCAGACUUCCCAGCUGAGGUGCUAGGCACCAGGGAUGAUGACCUGUCCAUCCCUGCUGACACUAAACAUAAAGAGGGGAUCUACAGUAAGAGGGCCGUGGCUAAGCCAUCCUUCUCAGUGGGGAAAAACCCCCCUCAGAGAGAUAAUGCAGAUGCCAAAGUUCAAGUUUCUGUCAGUGGGGAUGAGAGCCUUUCAGACAAAAACCAGAAAAAGGAGAUCUACAGUAAAAAGGCGGUGGCUAAGGCUGCCCACCCUGAAGAGAAAGAAUUCUUGGAGACAGCCACUGCAGGUUCUAGUGGUGCUGCUGCUGCAGAGCCCUCAGCUCGACUACAAAACAUAAAGAUUGAAAGUCCACCAGACACUGAAGCCAUUAAACAGAAUGAGGAGAUCCAUAGUAAGAGGACAGAAGAUCAAGAAUCCUUGCAGAUAGAUAUUGCAGAGUCCAGAUGUCAUUCAGAAUUUGAAAAUACUACCCAUUCUGUCUUCAGGUCAGCCAAGUUUUACUUUCAUCAUCCAGUCCACCUACCAACUGAUCAAGAUGUUUGCCAUGAAUCCUUGGGGAGGAGUGUUUUCAUGAGGCAUUCUUGGAAAGAUUUCUUUCAGCGUCAUCCAGACAAACCAAGAGAACAUACUUGUCUUCCUUGCCCUGAUGAAAAUGUGGGAAAGACCAAGGCAGAUUAUACCAGAAUAGAGAGCCUCAGUAUCAAUGUAAACUUGGAAAACAAAGAAGUGAUGCAUUCCGCUAAAAGUCAGGCUAGAGAUUAUCCAAAAAGUGACAGACAAAUUAGUGAUCCAAAAAGGGAUCGUAAGGUCACCCCAGAGCUAACAACUCAGCACACUGUGAGUUUGAAUGAACUCUGGAACAAGUAUCAGGAGCGACAGAAACAAAAGAAACCUCCCGAGUUUAGUGACAGAAAAGAACUAUCCUUGGUGGAGCGACUUGAUCGUUUGGCUAAACUUCUUCAGAAUCCCAUCACAUAUUCUCUCUGGGCCUCUGAAAGCACACAGGAUGAUAGCAGAGGGGAACGGGAUAUUAAGCAACAGCAGAAAAUCAAGCUUCAGAAAAAGAAGCGGUAUAAGAGCCUGGAGAAAUGCCAUAAAAACACAGGAGAGCUUAAAAAAAGCAAGGCGCUUUCUACUCAUCAAGCUGGGAAGUCCAACCAGAUUAAAAUUGAACAGAUUAAAUUUGAUAAGUAUAUCCUGAGAAAACAGCCAGGUUUUCAUUAUAUAAACAACACUUCCUCAGAUUCUAGACCAUCUGAUGAAAGUGAGCUGCUCACAGACACUGCCACCAACAUCCUUUCCACAACCAAUUCUCCUGUGGAAUCUGAUAUCUUGACCCAAACAGAUAAAGAGGUGACUUUGCAGGAGAGAAGCAGCUCUAUUUCCACCAUUGACACUGCCCGACUGAUCCAAGCUUUUGGCCAUGAAAGAGUUUGUCUGUCACCCAGGCGAAUUAAAUUAUACAGCAGCAUUACCGACCACCAGAGGAGAUACCUUGAGAGGCGGAGCAAGAAGAAUAAGAAAGCUUUGAAUACAAGUCAUCCCCAAAUGACUUCUGAGCACACCAGAAGGAAACACAUCCAGGUGGCAAACCAUGUGAUUUCUUCUGAUUCUAUUUCAUCUUCUACCAGUAGUUUCUGGAGCUCAAGCCCCACCGUUUGCAACAAGCAAAAUGUACAUACGUUAAACAAGGGUGUACAAGCAGGUAACUUGGAGAUCGUGAAUGGUGUCAAAAAACACACUCGAGAUGUUGGGAUGACUUUCCCAACUCCAAGCUCUAGUGAGGCUAGAGUAGAAGAGUACAGCGAUGUGACUUCUUGGUCAGAAGAAAAAAUAGAAGAGAAAAGUCUUCUCACCGGUUAUCUUGGGGAUAAAAAGUUAAGGAAGAACAAGCAGAGUUGCAGUGAAGGAGUUUCAUGGUUUGUUCCUGUGGAAAAUGUGAAGUGUGGUCCUAAGAAGGAAAACCUGCCCAAACUUUAUGGCCCUGGUAUCUGCUGGUUUGCACCAAUAACCAACACCAAACCGUGGAGAGAGCCACUGCGGGAACAGAACUGGCAGGGACAGCACAUGGACAGCCACGGGUCACUAGCAGGCCCAGGCAGAGAUCCCCCGAGGCCAUUUGUGAAAGCAACCCUACAGGAAUCUCUUCAGCUUCACAGACCCGACUUCAUCUCCCGCUCUGGGGAGAGAAUAAAGCGUCUGAAGUUAAUAGUGCAGGAGAGGAAACUACAGAACAUGUUACAGAGUGAGCGGGAGGCACUGUUCAACACUGUCAGAGAAUGGCAAGGCUGCCAGGACCCAACACGCCGGCUCCUGAAGAGAGGCUUCCUGGAUGCCCAAAAGAACAGGCCUAUUGGAAAGAAGGAAAUGAUUCAGAGGUCUAAACGGAUUUAUGAGCAGCUUCCAGAAGUGCAGAGAAAGAGAGAAGAAGAGAAGAGAAGAUUGGAAUAUAAGUCAUACCGGCUACGAGCUCAGCUAUUCAAGAAGAAAGUGACCAAUCAGCUCUUGGGGAGAAAAGUUCCCUGGAACUGA